UUUUCCUGAAGAAGUCAGCUUUUUUUGUGAAUUAAUCAUGAAAGAUUUACCACACAUUCCACUUUUCUCUAUCUUCACGGUGGCUGCUUUUGGCUUUGCGGAGAGACUCCCCAAAGCUCCUUUCAUCACUACUCCUCUCGAGACACUUGAUGGAUUAGUGGAAGAUGUUGCCACUUUUAUGUGUGCUGUUGAUUCAUAUCCUCCACCAGAAAUAACAUGGACACGUAAUAACAUUCCUAUAAGGUUGUUUGACACGCGAUACAGCAUUCGAGAAAAUGGACAACUCCUGACCAUUCUCAGCGUGGAAGAAGGCGAUGAUGGUGUAUACUGCUGCGUGGCUAAAAAUGGUGUGGGGGACGCUGCCGAAAGCUGUGGGGCUUUACAAGUGAAAAUGAAAGCAAAAAUCACCCGUCCACCAAUGAAUGUAAAACUUAUUGAAGGUGUCAAAGCUGUCCUGCCAUGCAAUACCUUGGGAAACCCGAAGCCUUUUGUUUCUUGGCUAAAAGGAGAAAAUGCUGUUAAGGAAAAUGCACGCAUCUCCAUUUUGGAUUCUGGAAGCCUGAGAAUUCAGAAAGUACAAAGGGAAGAUGUUGGUCAGUACCGUUGUGUAGCCAAGAACAGCCUUGGUACUACAAUAUCCAAACCUGCACUGCUAGAAGUAGAAGUGCUUGCCAAGAUCAUAAAGGUGCCAGAAUCACAGAAUGUAACAUUUGGUGCGGAAGUGUCUCUGAGGUGUGCAGCAACCGGCAUUCCAGUCCCGUCCAUCAGGUGGUUUGAAAAUGGAAAAGCCGUUUUACCAGAGUCUGUGGAGGACUAUGUCAAAGAUGGUAUGAUCUUCUCAAAGCUCCACGUUACUGCCACCCGCCCAGGACUGUUUACCUGCAUGGCAGACAAUAAACAUACUGGUAGUUUUGGUCCUGCCAAAGCAGCAGCAGCAAUUAGCAUAUCAGAAUGGAGGCUAUACAAAGGAGAUGUUGGCUACUGCAGCACUUACAGAGGGGAUAUUUGUAAUGCAAUGCUUGCAAAGGACUCCUUGGUUUUCUUUAAUACAUCUAAUAGUGAACCAGAAGAAAGCCAGGAGAUGCUUGCUCAAACUGCCUGGACAGAGCUGAAGACAGUCAGCUCUCUUUGUCGCCUAGCUGCAGAAGCUCUGUUGUGCAACUUCUUCUUCCAAGAAUGCAACCCAACAGGAGAUGGUCCAGCACCAAACCCAAUAUGCAGGGAACACUGUCUUGCUGUUAAAGAUCUUUAUUGCUUUAAAGAAUGGCUGUCUAUGGAGGAGAACUCACACAAGGGAAUUUAUAAGCCUGGUCUAAUGUUUCUGACACUUCCAGACUGUGAGAAACUUCCCAGCAUGCAGAAGAAUCCCAGGUCUUGCGUAAGGAUUCCUUAUUUUGGUAAGAAUACGGAAUUAGGGGAAACCUUUCCUCACUCCACAACUAUAAAAACUGAAUUUGAAGCUCCGGCUAUACCAUCAUUGUCCUCAUCCUUCUCUCCAGCACACUCCAUGACACUGAUUAUAUCUGCUAUUUCCAGCUUUGCCGCCUUGAUAUUAGUGAUAACUGUGGCUCUUGUUUGCUGCCGCAGACAGAAGAAACUGAAGAAUAUAAGCAGGGAAACUGCUGCUCCAACUUUAACAGCCCUUCCUUCAGAGCUUGUCCUGGACAGAUUACAUCCAAACCCCAUGUAUCAGAGAAUGCCUCUGCUUCUUAACCAUAAACUCAUCAGUCUUGAAUAUCCUAGGAAUAAUAUAGAAUAUGUCAGGGACAUUGGAGCAGGAGCAUUUGGGAGAGUCUUUCAAGCCAGGGCGCCAGGACUACUUCCAUAUGAAUCCUUCACCAUGGUGGCAGUAAAGAUGCUGAAAGAAGAGGCCUCAGCUGAUAUGCAGGCAGACUUCCAGAGGGAGGCAGCACUCAUGGCAGAAUUUGAUAACCCACACAUUGUAAAACUUCUAGGGGUAUGCGCUGUUGGAAAACCAAUGUGCCUUCUUUUUGAAUACAUGGCCCAUGGAGACUUAAAUGAGUACUUACGUCAUCGGUCCCCUAGAGCUUUAAGCAGCUUAAGUCACUGCAGCCUUGUCACAAAAGUUCGACUGUCAGACAUGAAUCCAUUGCCAUUAUCUUGCACAGAUCAACUGCACAUUGCCCGUCAGGUAUCAGCAGGAAUGGCCUAUCUGUCAGAACGGAAGUUUGUCCAUCGAGACUUGGCCACUAGGAAUUGCUUGGUUAGCGAAAACAUGGUGGUUAAAAUUGCAGAUUUUGGUCUUUCAAGGAACAUAUAUUCAGCUGAUUAUUAUAAGGCCAAUGAGAAUGAUGCUAUACCCAUCCGAUGGAUGCCUCCAGAGUCCAUAUUUUACAACCGUUAUACAACUGAAUCAGAUGUCUGGGCGUAUGGUGUUGUCUUAUGGGAAAUAUUCUCAUAUGGUAUGCAACCAUACUAUGGCAUGGCUCAUGAAGAAGUCAUCUACUAUGUAAGAGAUGGAAAUAUUUUGUCAUGCCCUGAAAACUGUCCACUGGAGCUGUAUAAUCUAAUGCGUCUCUGCUGGAGCAAGAUGCCCACCGAUCGCCCAAGUUUUGCUUCUAUCCAUCGUAUCCUAGAACGCAUGUUUGACAGAGCAGUUUCUGCUCAAGUAUGAAGGACACAUGUAGAUGCU